CACAUGACAGAUGUCACAGCUCAAACAUGAGUUCCCUGGAUAAUCAGAUGGAGCAGCCAAAGAAAAAUGAUGAGCUGAGGAUUGUUUUGGUUGGGAAGACUGGAGUUGGGAAGAGUGCGGUAGGAAACACCAUCUUGGGAGAAACCACUUUUACGUCUAAGUUAUCUUCCUCCUCUGUGACAUCGGUGUGUGACAAAAACAAAAGGAAUGUGGAUGGGCAAAUGGUUGCUGUCAUCGACACUCCAGGCUUGUUCGACACCCGAUCUACCCAAGAGGAGAUACUGAACGAGAUCAAAAUGUGCAUCACUUUUGCUGCUCCUGGUCCCCAUGCGUUCCUGAUUGUGAUCCAGCUGGGUAGAUACACAAACGAGGAGAAAGAGGCGGUGAACAUCCUCCAGCAGAUCUUUGGCAAAGAGGCAGAAAAGUACACCAUUGUGCUUUUCACUCAUGAAGAUGAUCUAGAGGGAAAAAGUAUUGAAUCAUUCAUUAUGGGAAGUGAAGUCUGUGUAGAUUUAAAAACCUUGGUCUUUGAAGCAUGUCAUGGGAGAUAUCAUGCCUUCAACAACAGAGACCGCAAUAAUCGCUCUCAGGUAUCUAAGCUGCUUGAGAAGAUCAACAACAUGACCAUAACGGAUGGAAGACAGCACUACUACACCAACAAAAUGUUCCAAGAGGCUGAGAGAGCAAUUGAGGAGGAGAAAGAUAUGAUUCUGAAAGAGAAAGCAGAGCAGACAAGGAGUGAAAUGAAAGCACUGGAAAUGAAAUAUGAAGGACCCGUUCUGGAGGAAGAGAAGAAGAAGUUGAUUCAAAAACUGGAGAACGACGCAAGAUGUAUAGCUGAAAGAAGAAAUCGAGUUUUGAAAAUGGCAGGCUUCACUCUUGCUGGAGCAGCUUCUGUUGGAGCAGUUGUGGCUGCCCUCAGGAAAGGGACCUGUGGAAUACAAUGACAGACAACAGUUUUGCCAGACUUUUAGUGUUUGCUGAAAUGUUCAAACCAUAAUGAUUA